AUGGAGACUCUAGUACUGAUACCUCAGGAACUGAGUCUGGCUUUGAGGCCGGGGGGUGCGAGAGGUCGCGAAGCUUCGGUCAGUGUGUGGACAUCAACAGAGCUACAGCGGGGGGCUUUACUGUAUCCAUUUCAGGGUACGAUCAGAAUCGAUAAGCUCCAUGUCUAUUCGUAUGUUCCCGAUAUUGAUGUUCGACACCGGUUCGGCCUGUUUGAUGAGGUGUGCACGACAGGCGGCAUCCAAGUUCGACACUGCAAUUGGGUGCGAUUCCUAAGGGUUUCCGAAAAUUAUGGACCUCAAGUAAACCUAGUCUGCACAAAAGUAAAGGGCGAACCAGUCUACGAGACAGUGAAGCCGGUGUCUGCUCACACGGAGCUCGUCGUCUACUACCUACCAGAGAGACCAGAAGAAAUGUUCUUCGUCAAAAUGAGGAAUAACCUGUAUAGACAGACCAUGGACUCUAUUUUGGAAGAUUCUCCUUUAGAUCUAUCCACAUCACUCCUUUCGAGAGUCCUUUUGCCAAUAUCUCCUCCGUCUGGACCAGAGGAUGAACAUAAAUCGAUAUCAGGAGAUUCCAUGGCGUCGCUAUCUGUUGGGUCAUCGAAUGAGCUGUUGGACAUGACACCGAAAAUCCAAAGAAGACCGACUAAGUCUGAGAGAGCGCUACUGCCUUGUGAAGUCUGCGGAAAGGCGUUUGAUAGACCUUCGUUAUUGAAACGACAUAUGAGGACACAUACAGGAGAGAAGCCUCACGUGUGCAUGGUGUGCAACAAAGGUUUCAGCACAUCGAGCAGUCUGAACACACACAGAAGGAUACACUCUGGCGAAAAGCCACAUCAGUGUCAGCAUUGCGGAAAACGAUUCACGGCCAGCUCCAAUCUAUAUUACCAUCGAAUGACCCACAUAAAGGAGAAACCUCAUAAAUGCACGCUCUGCUCCAAGUCGUUCCCUACCCCGGGGGACCUCAAGUCGCACAUGUACGUCCACAGCGGAUCCUGGCCCUACAAAUGUCACAUUUGUUCUAGAGGAUUCUCGAAGCACACCAACUUGAAGAACCAUUUGUUCCUUCAUACCGCGAAACAUCAAAGGAACAGUGCCAGGGACGCAACUUGAAUUACAAAAUCAUAAAUACAUUAUACAUAUCAUGAAAAGUCUGUAAAUAAUAAACGAAUAAUUUAAUAACGAAUUAUAUAAAAUGUGAUAUUAGUACUUAAUUAUUAAUGUAAGCGUUAACUUAUAAUAUUAUUUAUGUUCUUGCGAUAUCUUAAUGAUAUACUAAUUAAGGGGAUAAACCUGAUUAAUUUUUAUGAAAAUUGAGAUAAGUAUUAGAUUUUCUUCUAAUGAGGACUUUUAGACCUUUUGGGGUGAAUCAAUCUGAACAAAUUUAUAUUUCUGUGGAAUAAGUAGAUCGUAAUUUUGUGGAUAUUUAUCAAAAUAAAAAUUCACAAAAUGAUCACUUUCAUAAUUACUACCUAGUGAUUUUUUGGUGAAUUUAGAUUGUAUUCACUGAAUUAAUAUUAUUCGUUUUUUGAGUGGCGGACCUGAUGUAAAUCUCGUUGAUAAAUUUACUCCAUUGAGUAAAUAGCAAAUGGUAAAAAUGUAGUAUCGAGA